AUGGCCACCUCUACUACCCAUCACCAAGAAUCUGGCAAGGAGACGUCCGAGUUCGCCCACGUCAACAGCGUCCUCGAGGAUGAGAAACCAACGCAGAUGGACGAGGAGAGAGAUUGGACGGGUACUGCCAAGAAGACAGACCCAGAAGAAAUCCGCCUUGUCAAGAAGCUUGACCUGUGGAUCAUGCCAUGUCUCUGUCUCAUGUACUUCCUCAAUUACGUCGACCGAAAUGCCAUUGCUCAGGCGCGAUUGAAUAACCUCGAGGAGGAUCUCAACAUGACUGGAACCGAGUUCAACACGACUGUUUCGAUCUUGUUUGUCGGUUAUGUCUUGAUGCAGGUUCCUAGCAACAUGUUGAUCACCAAGGUCAAGCCUGGCAUGUACAUGAGUUGCUGGAUGUUAGUUUGGGCUGCUGUCUCUGCUUGCACUGCGCUUGUCAAGAGCUACGCCGGUCUUGUUGUUUGUCGGUUCUUCCUGGGUAUCACCGAAGCUCCUUUCUACCCCGGUGCUACAUACAUGCUCUCCAUCUUUUACACGCGCAAAGAGGUCGCUGCUCGCAUCGCUGUUCUCUACUGCGCUCAAAUUCUCGCCACUGGCUUCUCCGGUCUUAUCGCUGCUGGAAUCUUCGCAGGCAUGGACGGCCUAGCCGGUCUUGCAGGAUGGCGAUGGCUGUUCAUUGUUGAAGGCGCCGUCACCGCCCUCGUCGCCGUCAUCGGGUUUUUCAUGCUUCCCAACACCCCCACUACCACAUGGUGGCUGAACGACCGCGAGAAGCAACUCGCCCACGAUCGCAUGGAGAAGGACAAAGUCUCUGACUCUGAAGAGGGUGGUUCUUCUUGGGAGGGUCUCAAGCAGGCUUGCAAGGAUAAGCGAACAUGGCUUUUCUGUCUUAUGCAGAACUUCCACCUUUCUGCUUGCUCUUUCAACUCGUUCUUCCCUACUGUCGUCAAGACCCUUGGCUUCAACACUACCAUCACCCUUGUCAUGACAUGCCCGCCUUUCAUCUUUGCUGGUGCCGCAGGCAUCUUCUUUGGCUGGAACUCGGGACGCAUGCACGAGCGCACUUGGCAUAUCACCGCUGGUCUUUCCGUCGCGGUCGUCGGUUUUGCUCUCGCCGCUGCCACUCUCAACACCGCCGCCCGAUACGUCGCCUGCUUCAUCUUCCCCAUGGGUGCCUACGCUGUCAACUCUGUCAUUAUCGGAUGGGCGUCUUCGACAUUGUCCCAGACCAAGGAGAAGAAGGCUGUUGUUCUGGCCAUGACUAAUGUUGGUGGUCAGAUUGGUUACAUCUAUGGUGCCUACCUCUGGCCCAAGAGCGAUUCUCCCCGGUACGGAAUCGGUUUCGGUGCCUCUGCCGGCUUCGCUCUGUGCUCAAUUGCAUGUGCCUGGGCGAUCCGCAUCCUUCUUGUUCGCGAGAACCGCCGCAUUCGCGCUUCCACCUCUGAGCACGUCAACUUGUACGGAUACUAA